GACAAUGAGGACUGCUAUAUUUGAUUCAUUAUUCAUUAUUUGAUUCAUUAUAAUAUUACUUAUGAUGUGGUAAUCUCUGCACCUAAACGUCUGAAUGCAGCGCUCGUGUUGCGUGGUAAUCUGAUGCAUUUGUGUGCAGACCGAAAGCAUCUGUGUGCAGACCGACACGGAAAGUGCAGGAUUUGUGUCCAGUACACAACAUCGUAUAAGUUAAUUCUGUAUCUAUACAAUGAAGAGACGGUUUAGUGAUGUGGAGUCCCCGGUUCAUUUAUACGAGUCCAGUGAAGAGGAAAGAGACGCAGCCCUGUAUUCUACAAGUGAUGGAGGAAUUGAAGAUGAAAGAAAGGUGACUUUACAUACAAAUGAUGGAAGGACCUUAUGUGCAAGUCAUGGAGUGAUGGAAGAGGAACGAGACUCGACCCUAUCUAUGACAAUUGAUGGUGGGAUGGAAAAGGAAAUAGAUGCAACCCUACAUACAACAAGUGAUAGAGGGAAAGAAAAGGAAAGAGACACAACCCUACAUAUGACAGGUGAUGGAGGGAUGGAGGAGGAAAUAGACACAACCCUACAUAUGACAAGUGAUAGAGGGAUUGAAAAGGAAAGAGACACAACCCUACAAAUGACAAGUGAUGGAGGGAUGGAAAAGGAAAGAGACACAACCCUACAUAUGACAAGUGAUAGAGGGAUGGAAAAGGAAAGAGACACAACCCUACAAAUGACAAGUGAUGGAGGGAUGGAAGAGGAACGAAAUUUGACUCUACAUACAACAAGUGAUCUAGGGAUAAAAAAGGAAAUAGACACAACCCUAUAUUUAACAAGCGAUGAAGGGAUGAAAAAGGAAAUAGAUGCAACCCUACAUACAACAAGUGAUCAAGAGUUGGAAGAAGAAAGAUACACAACCCUAUAUUUGACAAGUGAUCUAGGGAUAAAAAAGGAAAUAUACACAACCCUACAUAUGACAAGUGAUGGAGGGAUGGAGGAGGAACGGAAUUUGACUCUACAUACAACAAGUGAUCUAGGGAUAAAAAAUGAAAUAGACACAACCCUACAUAUGACAGGUGAUGGAGGGAUGGAAAAGGAAAAAGAUGCAACCUUACAUUCAACAAGUGAUCGAGAGUUGGAAGAAGAAAGAUACACAACCCUACGUAAGACAAGUGAUGGAAGGAUGGAAAAGGAAAGAGACACAACCCUACAUAUGACAGAUGAUGGAGGGAUGGAGGAGGAACAAAACAUGACUCUACAUACAACAAGUGAUCUAAGGAUAAAAAAGGAAAUAGACAUAACUCUAAAUAUGACAAGUGAUGGAGGGAUGGAAGAGGAACGAAAUUUGACUCUACAUUUAACAAGUGAUGAAGGGAUGGAAAAGGAUAUAGAUGCAACCCUACAUACAACAAGUGAUCAAGAGUUGGAAGAAGAAAGAUACACAACCCUACAUGUGACAAGUGAUGGAGGGAUGGAGGAGGAACGAAAUUUGACUCUACAUACAACAAGUGAUCUAGGGAUAAAAAAGGAAAUAGACACAACCCUACAUAUGACAAACGAUGAAAGGAUGGAAAAGGAAAUAGAUGCAACCCUACAUACAACAAGUGAUCAAGAGUUGGAAGAAGAAAGAUACAUAACCCUAUACGUGACAAGUGAUGGAGGGAUGGAGGAGGAACGAAACAUAAUUGUACAUACAACAAGUGAUCUAGGGAUAAACAAGGAAAUAGACACAACCCUACAUAUGACAAGCGAUGGAGGGAUGGAAGAGGAAACCGAUGCGACACUGCAUACGACAAGUGAUGGAGGGUUGGAGGAGGAAAGAGACACAACUCUACAUACAACAAGUGAUGGAGGGAUAGAAGAAGAAACACAUGUUACCCUACAUACAACAAGUGAUGAAGGGAUGGAAGAGGAAAGGGAUCUCGAUGGAGAAGCAGAGCUGGAGAUGGGGCUCUCUGAUGAAGUUUCUGAAACAGAGGACAAUACAGAGUUCGAUCCAGACUACCACUCUACUGAUGGAGAAGAGUCAGAGGAAGAAUCAGAGGUCACUGCUGACACAGAGACAGCUUAUCAGUCCAAAAACGGAAACAUAUCGUGGACUUCAAAAACUCCGCCUCAGAGACAACAAGGGAGAUUUCCAGCUCAUCGUAUCAUCAGAAUGACCCCUGGACCAACCAAGUUUGCAUGUGCCAAUGCUAAAGAUAUAAUAUCAACAUUUGAAUUGUUUUUCCCAGAUGAUAUUAAACAGAUUUUGAUUGAAAUGACCAAUUUAGAGGGGAAACGUGUGUUUGGUGCUGCCUGGAAGAACCUGGACUGGACAGACUUACAGGCCUUCCUUGGUCUGUUGCUUCUGGCAGGCGUGUAUCGAUCCCACCAUGAGGCAAUGGGUAGCUUAUGGCAUGGUGUAUCGGGGAGGGCAAUUUUUCGUGCUACGAUGCCAUUGAAGACUUUUCGAGAAUUUUCUAGGGUCUUCUGCUUUUAUAAAAAAGAUGAAGAGCUGGACCAAAAGAAAAGUGACAAGCUGGCACCAGUAAGGAACAUCUGGAAUAAAUGGGUCCAACGCCUGCCAUUCUUAUACAAUCCAGGCCCAAACGUUACUGUGGACGAGUGCCUGGUCCGUUUCAGAGGUCGCUGUCCCUUCAAACAAUACAUGCCGAGUAAACCGGGCAAGUAUGGAAUUAAAAUUUGGGCAGCAUGCGAUUCCAGAUCUAGCUACGCAUGGAACCUGCAGAUCUACACUGGCAAAGCUGCCGACGGCAAGUCAGAAAAGAACCAGGGAAUGCGAGUGGUCCUGGACAUGACAGAUGGUCUAGAGGGACACACUAUCACAUGUGACAACUUCUUCACAUCGUACGCCCUCGGCCAGGAGCUGCUCCGAAGGAAAAUGACCAUGAUUGGAACCGUCAGAUCAAACAAGCCUGAGCUCCCACCUGCGCUCCUGUCAAUGAAGAACAGGACACGAUUAUCAUCCAUGUUCGCCUUCACUGAUACGCACACUCUUGUGUCCUACUGUCCCAGAAAAAAUAAAAAUGUGCUUUUGAUGAGCACAAUUCACAGAGAUGACAAAGUAAGUGACAAAGAUCACAAGAAGCCAGAGAUAAUCCUAGACUACAACCACACCAAAGGCGGAGUUGACAACCUUGACAAGCUUGUUGGCACUUACACCUGCCAAAGAAAGACAGCUCGUUGGCCCAUGGUGAUUUUCUUCAACAUGUUGGACGUGUCUGCCUACAAUGCAUUUGUAUUGUGGACGGAGAUGAAUCCUUCAUGGCACAAAGGGAAAACCAUUAGAAGGAGGCUCUUCCUGGAAGAACUAGGGGAAGCUCUGGUGGCUCCCUUCAUGAAAAGACGGCAUUAUGCUCCCCGCACGCCAGCCUCUCAGAAUAUGGUGAUGGAAGCAAGAGCUUGUUCUUCUACAGCCAAAAAACCUGUCUCCUCCCCAAUAUCAAGCCCCAGCAAGAGGAAAAGGUGUCAGGUCUGUGAGGCAAAGAAGGACACAAAAACUAGUAUGAUAUGCAGUCAGUGUAACAUUUACAUUUGUAAGACACAUGCUAUUAUAACGUCUUACUGCUACGCAUGCAAGAAGGUUUAAAGGGAUCAUAUGAUGCAAUUUCAAGUUUUCCUUUCUCUUUGGAGUGUUACAAGCUGUUUGUGAAUAGAUAAGAUCCCUGAAGUUGCAAAGACUAAAGUCUCAAACCCAAAUAGAUAUUCUUGAUUAAAGUUAAGAUUCGUCCAUGCCUAAAACCCCUUUUUUAUACGCACCCCUACAUGUCUAUUGAUGUGGGAAGAUUUGCAUAAUGCCAUAGAAGGCAUAACUUUAUCCUUGCUGUCGCCGCCAUGUUGUGAAGACGCUGUGUGUUUUGUUGCAAAAAAUGAAAAUACUUUGUUUGACCUAACAUUUCCGUCACACGCUUGAGGUAGUCGGCCAAUAACAAUGCACUGGAUAGCUGGCCAAUCAGAGAACACCUCUCUUUUCAGAACGAUGAGCUUUGUAAA